AUGUCGAGUGAGAUGUCUGAAGCGGCGAAGCAAUGCGAUGUGCUCUUCAUCGGCGGAGGGACAGCCUCACUCGUCGCUGCGACUCGACUUGCUCACUUGAGGCCAGAUCUCUCAAUUCUCAUCAUCGAGAAAGGCGAGGAUCAGACGCUGAACCCCGCUGUUUCCACGCCAGGCUUGUUCCUCAGUCAUCUCGUGCCGAACAGUGCGACCGUGGACUAUCACAUUGCCACGCCUUCGCCACAUCUCGGUGCGCGUCGACCCGUCGUCGUACCUACAGGUCAUGCUCUUGGCGGCUCAUCUCAGAUGCAUUGGCUGCAAUACACCAAGCCGCUCGCGAGCGACUUUGACGCAAUGGGAAGCGAGGGCUUCGAUUGUCACUCUAUGAUGCCACUCGUUGACAGAUCGCUCGGCGCAGUCAAAGCCAGCGUGGGCGAGACUGCUUCUUCGGAUCUGGUCACACAAUUCGUGCAAGCUUGCGAAAAUCAAGGCAUUCCUUUUGACGCAGACAGACAGCUUGGUCACUCUGUGCAGUUCUGGCCUCGAUUUGUUGCAGACGGCAAGCGACAAGAUCCAGCGAGUUGUAUGCUCACACCUGCUCGCGCGACCUGCACCAAUAUAGAAGUUCUCAUGGGCCACCGCGUCGAUAGAAUCCUCUUCGACGCUGAUAAAGAAGCCACGGGCGUGGUUAUCUAUCGCGAGCCUAUACGUUGUACGGCCGGCCCAUCGGCAACAGCAGUCAGAAUGGAACGCACCAUGCUCACCUGUCACGCUCGGAAGCUUGUCAUCCUUGGCGCAGGCGCGCUCGCCUCGCCUGCUAUAUUGGAGCGUUCAGGACUCGGCCGUCCUAACAUCCUCAAAGCACUCGGCAUACCUGUUCUCGCCGCUGUACCCGGCAUCGGUGCAACCUAUCGGGACCAUCCGAACCUCAAGACGGUCUAUCGCGCUGGAAAUGACACGAACACGCUUGACGCGCUAUUCUGCGCCGAGUCAGACGCAGUGACGACAGCUCGUCUAUCUUUCAAAAGCGGCACAGGACCGCUGUCGACAAAUUACAUUGACGUCGGAUGCAAGCUCCGCCCAUGCAAGGACACACUCAUGAACAUGUCACAAGGAUUCAAGCAGUACUGGCGCGAGCGCUUUGCAUACUGGGUCGAUCGACCCCUGCUCCAACUCGUGUUCGUGCCAGGUUUGCAAGCUGCUCGUACUGGCGAUUUGGCCUCGGGCAAGUACCUGACGGCCGGUUUGGUCAUGCUACACCCCCAAAGCUCUGGCUCUAUUCACAUCCGAAGCACCGAUCCUGCUGUGCCGGCUGUGUUCGAUGCGGGAUAUCUGAGCUGCGAGCAGGAUAUGGAGGUGGCCAUCUGGGCAUACAAGAAGUCGCGCGAGAUCAUGCGUCGACUGCCUGCGUAUCGUGGCGAGGCUGCCGCUUUUCAUCCUCGCUUUCCAGAUCACUCGACGGCUCGCUGCAUGUCGCUCGACGUGGACGGACCGGCUCAGAAAGCCGAAGGAAUGCUCGAGUAUAGCUCUGAAGAUGAUGAUAUCAUUGCAGAGUGGGUGCGGGCGACCAUCAGUACGACUGCUCAUCCGAUGGGGACGCUGCCUAUGCGGCCACUCGGCGAGGGUGGCGUAGUCGAUACGCGCAUGAAUGUCCACGGCGUAGCACGACUGAAAGUGAUCGAUCUCUCCAUACUGCCCGAUACCGUCUCUGGCAAUCCUGCAGCAGUCGCACUGGCACUGGGCGAAAAGGCAGCUCUACUCAUUGCUGAAGAGACAGAUUCGAUGUAG